GGCACAGCUCGAUCAGCUGUGCUAUUUUACACUGAACACUGUUCAUCGCUUACCUGAUCUGAACGACUGAUCACCCAGAGACAACAUGAAGCUGGAGCUGCUGGUGGUGUUGGCUGUAGCAACCCUGGUUCCCAGCCUGUCUGAGGGGCUGCUGCUCUCCAAAUGUGAGCUGAAGAACAAACUGGCAGAGGCUGCUGACCAAUUCAAUAUGAAUGAGAAAAAUGCAGCAAAGGGUGUCGAACUGGACAACGUCUUGGCCAAAAUUAUCUGCAGUUUGGACCUAAAGUCUGGCUUAAACACCAGCCUUGUGACCAACCUUGUCUUGCGCAAACCUAUCCUGCAUAAACCCAAAAGGCGCCCCAUCAGCAGGAGACCUGUGAGACUGUUCGGGCGCAAACAUCCAGGUAGAGAUGUCGAGUCAAAGGAAGAUGGAGUCAGUUCUGAGGGAGAAGAGGACAAGCCUAGACCUAAUGGGAAGCCUGGGGGAAUGAGCCCAAGAUGUACAGGAAAGCCUGGUGGAAUGCAACCAAAACCUACUGGGGAAACAGAGGGAGGGAGCCCAAGAUCAGGGAGGCCUGAGGGGAAGAGACCGAGACCGAGACCAAGACCAGGGAGUCCCGCGAGAGGAAGGAACAAGCGUGAGGCCGAGGAGUCCACUGGUGAUGAGGAAGAACAUGACAAAGUUGAGGCGCAAGAAAGCAAAGCGGCUGAGGAGGAAGAGUUUGGCGGCUAUGAGGACGAGGGUGAUGAAGACAAGGUUGACGAGGAUGAGCUGGACGAGGAGGACCUGGAAGAGUUAGAGGCGGAGCUGGACGAGCAAGAAGGAGAGGAACUGAAUGAGAGAAAGGGGAACAGGAGGAAGAGACACAUCCCAAAGCAGUUCAGAGGUCGCGGACACAGCCGCAAGCCACCGCCACGUAAGCCGAUACGCAAGCCGUUCAGGCCAUUCAAGCCGAUCAAGACCCUGUCCUUCAGCUUUUUUGGUCUCUUCCAGCUGAGCAAUCGCCUCGCCUGCGUCUCCUCCAACACCACUCGCUCUCUCAAUCUCUGUAAGACAGAUUGCAGCUCCUUCGUUGAUGAUGACAUCCGUGAUGACAUUGCCUGCUUUGUGAAGUCUCAUGCCUGGAUGAAGGCUCUGAGGUUCCCAUGGAAAUGUGCCAAGCUGCAAGCCUCUGAGUACUUUGAGUGUGACCAACCACUUAACAGUACUAUGAGUACUUUGCAAACAACAACAGGGCAUUUUCCUUCUUUCUCUGAACUCUUAUCUUCUGCUAUAAGCGCCACUUAGCAAAUAUGCUACUUUCCAUCACCUCUAGAUGACAUGCUAGGAAGGAUUUGAGCCCCGUUAUACCUUGGGCCAACAAGUGCCUCCAAGAGACAUUAGGCAACAGUAUCCCAUUCUCCUUCUCUCCUCCAACUGUCCAACUACCACCAGUAAGGAAGUUAAAUUUAACAGAUGCCAUUUUGUUGAAAAUGUCUCCUUUGUUGCUUGGUAACAUUUCCUUCUCUGAAAAACAAAAAUACAUAAAAUGAUCAUAAAGA